AUGAACCCGUUCGAUGAGCUACUGAAGUUCCAUGAGGCGACACGCAAGGAAAUCUAUGAGCUGGAGGCAAAUGUCGAAAAGUGCAACAUCGAUCACAUGCUCCUCAAAUAUGACAGCGACAAGAUAGUGCAGGAUCUCAGGUUCACAGAGGCGUUUCUACGCGAUUCUUACAGGGACGAAGAUGGGAAGGAAUUGUUGCGAAAUGCGGAAUUCAAAGCAGAUAUUGUUGCGGAUGCAAAUAUCUACGUGUCUGGAUUUAGGAAGGAUAGAGAGAAGUUCACGUCCCUUUACAACCAAGAUCCGGAGACGGUUCUCCAGUAUCACCAAAAGGGCCUUCGUUAUGUCAUCCGUCUACUCGAAUACCAUGCCAACCUCCGUUUGCAUAGGCGCUACAUCACCCCAGAAGUCGAGGAGCAACAUUUCACUUUUAUACGCCUGUUGCUUCUGUCCGGCUUCCUGUCUGACAAGGAACUUGAGCUUCCGAUUAAGGAGCAUUCGUACGGAUAUUGGACAGCUGUGAGGGAUACUAUGGGCUGGUGA